UGGAAAUGGAAGGUCACAACCGGAAGAAGGUCAGAGGCAUUACAUUCAAGAUGGCGGCCCCCUUAUGUCAGUGUUAUCAGAUAUGUAUAAGAAGAGGCUUGGUGGCGUCGCCUUCCUCUUACAUGCUGCUUCACAACAGACCAAAUGUCUACAGGAUACGAGGGCUGCUCACAUGCUCCACACAGGUGCUUCAGAUAGCCUGUCCACAGGUGAGGUAUUUGUCAGGAGAGAGAGGAGGUGGCAGAAAAGGUUUCCUGGGUGAGUUUCUUGACAACCUGAAACAGGAGCUUAACAAGAACAAGGAGAUGAAAGAAAACAUCAAGAAGUUUCGGGAGGAGGCCAAAAAACUGGAGGAGUCGGACGCAUUGCAGCAAGCACGACGGAAAUAUAAAACAAUAGAGUCUGAAACAGUAAAGACCUCUGAGGUUCUCAAGAAGAAGCUGGAAAACAUCUCUGAGACGGUGAAAGAGGGGCUAGGGGAGGUAAGUCGUACAGAAAUUGGAAAGAAAAUAAAGGAGGGAAUGGAGGAAGCAGCCAAAACAGCCAAGACAUCAGCAGAGAAUGUGACAAAGAGCGGAGAGAAGCUGGGGAAGACUGGUGCGUUCAAAGCUAUAUCACAGGGCAUGGAGAGUGUCAAGAAAGAGAUAGGUGACCUGGGUCACACUGGCCCCUACCGGCCUCCUUCCAAACUCAGAAAAAGGACAGAGUUCUCCUCCAAGGGGGCCGGUGAUGACAGCAAAGUCUUCGAAGCCAACGAGGAAGCCAUGGGUGUGGUGCUCCACAAAGAUUCAAAGUGGUACCAGCAGUGGAAGGACUUCAAAGACAACAACGUGGUCUUCAACAGAUUCUUUGAGAUGAAGAUGAAGUAUGAUGAGAGUGAUAACGCCUUCAUCAGGGCGUCCCGCGCUGUCACCGACAAGAUGACUGACCUCAUUGGUGGGCUUUUCUCUAAGACUGAGAUGUCUGAAGUACUGACAGAAAUCUUGAAAGUGGACCCAUCCUUUGACAAAGACUCUUUCCUCAAACAGUGUGAACGAGAUAUAAUCCCUAAUAUACUGGAGGCGAUGAUCAGAGGGGAGCUGGAGAUUCUUAAGGAUUGGUGUUAUGAAGCGACGUACAGCCAGCUGGCACACCCUAUUCAGCAAGCCAAGGCCAUGGGGCUUCAGUUCCACUCUAAGAUCCUGGACAUCGACAAUAUUGAUCUGGCUAUGGGGAAGAUGAUGGACCAGGGUCCGGUGCUGAUCAUCACCUUCCAGGCUCAGUUAGUCAUGGUGAUCCGAAACACUAAAGGAGAGGUGGUGGAGGGAGACCCUGACAAAGUGCUCAGGAUGAUGUACGUUUGGGCUCUGUGUCGAGACCAGGAGGAGCUCAACCCCUACGCUGCAUGGAGACUACUCGACAUCUCCGCUUCCAGCACAGAACAGAUCCUCUAAGACUGUCUGAAACACACAAAAACACAACUCAGGAGGGAUCUUAGUGUACCUGAACAGGUCUCAGAGCUCUCUGCGAUGUUGAAGAAGGAGAGAGGAAGGCAAGAGGACACGAAGGUCUGACUGGUGGGACAAAAGAAGUAUCAGGAGGUUGUUAAAAGCUUGUUGCAUUACUCUUUUUUGUCCUACACUGGCUUUGGGUUCAGCCACUGCUUUCCUAGAGUCUUUGAAUGCCUAGAAGUCAUCUUUAACCAUUCCGCUGGCUCACACAAGGGGGCAGUAGAGCACCAAAAACUCUAAACCUUCACACUUCCUGCAGUGUAUGUAUGGUUGCCUGGUUAUUCAGACUCUCCAGUGAAGGAAAGCUGUCACCAGCCUUUACAGGAUAAAGUAUUUAAUUCAGUUUUCAGGUUUAGGUUUUUUUAAUUGUAAAGAAAUGAAAAAUUAAAUAAAGGCAGAAGAUUUACGAGUCAGCAGUUGAACUUUAGGCUGGUUUUGAGCUCUCUCCCUUCCUCUCUGAGGGGUCGCUAUCUUGGUGGUAGAUUGUUUUGUGGCCAAUUGAUGCUCUCCUACGUCAUUGUUUGUAUGAUAAUUGUCCAAUGUAAUUGUUAAAAAUUUGAGAAAGUUUAUAUUUAUUAUGAAAAAAAUAAAGGCAACCCCUGUUUUUCACACUAGACAACAUUUUUGAAAAUAAAUUUCUAUCAAUCA